UUUUAAAGCAUAGGCAUUUUUCUUUCAUGCAAAAAUCGAGUGGACUGUGGACAUGCUGUGAAAUAAUUGGCUAUUUAAAAAAAAAAAAAUUCAAUGUAAUUUCCUGAUGUGGCUACUUCAAAAAGUAGAUGUUUCGUUGUUCUGUUUGAGAAUAAAUGACGCAAUUCAAUUUGAAGAAGUUCAUUAAUAAGUUAUAAAAAAAUUGAAAAAAUGCGUAGGUAAUAAAAAAAAAUUGCCUCGAGUAUUUAAUUGUUGAAAAAAAUGGUUAGGUAUUAAUUUCUUUCAAAAAAUACCUAGGUGUUGAGUAAGGGGAGAGGAAGGUGUUGAUUAAAGAAAUCUAAGUUGAAAAAAGUCCAGAAAAUGCUUCGCUUUGAAAAAAUAUUCAGCCUGUGUCUCGACUCUUUCCGUUCCCUUCCCCUCCUUUCCCAAUCUAAAGUAAAACAAACUACAUCGCGAUGAAAAAAAAUUGAAACAAAAAAUCAAUUCGUCUCGAAUUUUAACCUACAAAACACACCACGUCGUCUUCGAUUCAGCAUCUCGAAAAAUGAUACCUAAAAAAACCUCCCAAUCCGAACAUUUUUUAGCCUACGAAAAAUACUUAACGAAUGACCAAUGAAAAAAAAAAUCCAUCAACGAUACCGACCUUUCAAAGACGAUCACAGACAGACGAAGAGAAAAACUCACGAAACUCGCCAACCCCUCUUCCACACCUUUCCCAUACCCGUGGGCAGAAAAAAAAAUAUUAACCCAUAAACGACGAAGAAAGAGUGAAAAGUGAAAAAAAGUACCGAAAAAGAAACACGACCAGACGCUGCAGCGCCUUAAGUAUGUAUCGCUCUUGUUAAAAAAUAUUUCGAGACUCGAGAGCGAGCUCGGUACAUGCGCGUUUUAAAAAGUACUGCUGGGUCCAACAACUACAACAGCACACAAACAGAAGUGCGAGGGGAUCGUAAAGUAAAAAAAAAAAAGAAAAAGAAAAGAGAAAAAAGUACCUACGUACAUAUAAGAAUAGAGAGAAGUACCGCGCGCACGUUUCUGCCGCGAACCGAAUACCCAGGUGAGGCGAGCAGAAGGGGCGAAGGGAUUAAAAAGAGACAGAAAGUGGAAGAAGGCAAAGGAAAAAAUACAGUAGGGGAAGUGGUAGGUCUCACCUGAGAUUCGAGGAAUAAGAGGCAGCAAAUACGAAAAGCGAACUCUUGAACGAUAAGCCAAAGUAAGGAAAUAAGGCGGACCUGUACCUCUUCUCACAUCUAGAACCGGCUUCUUCCAGUACAGGUGUCGCAGCUACCUGAAGAAAUACCGCGAAAUUAAAAAUAUUCCUUAUCAGUGUGUAGUUCGCGUUAUAUGUUGAACUGAACCCAGUAACCUUGGUUAGAACGUUUACCUUAUAUAUUUUUUUUUCGCCUAUUUUUCGAGUUUUUUCGAGUUUAUUUUUUCGGUGGUUUUAGAUAAUUUUUUUCUUCUUUUGCGAGCUUGUGUUUCUAUUCGGAUUCUUUUAUUUUGAAAAGUUCGACUUCGAUUCGCGAUUUCUUUUUUGUGAAUUCGGUAUGUGAAUCGUGUUUUUUUUCUGACAUUGUGAUUUUUUUUUGUUCACGAAAGUUGUGCUAUUACUGGAUUUUAUAUCUAUGGAUUUAAUUAUUGGGAUGUGUUAAAACAGCGAAGGAGAUUACAGGAAACGGGAAGGAAAUUCUGGAGAACAAAAUCCGAAAUCCAGCCCGGCUAGGGACGGGCGUAUGGCUGAAUUGCCGAGUAGUCAACCAGGGGGUAGCAACGGCGGUACGAGUAGCGUGGAAGAUAGCCAGAAUUGGAGAGCGUAUUAUGAGCACCCUCUGACUGCAGCUACCAGCGCCAUGCUGAAUAUUAGCGGUGCCAAUGCCGAAGAACAACCCCCGCCGCCUAAUUCUAUGAACUUUAAUUUAUACGAAUACACGUACAAAGUGCCAACACAACUUUCAACCGAAAAAGAUAAACUUUCUGAUUUACCGUGGCCGACGACGUCAGCAAACGGUGGAGCUGUUAGUCCGGCGACCUUACUUUCGGGCCAGCUAAAAGGUCCAAAUGGUGUGAUAAGCAGCAGCGGCUUGGAAAUCAACCCGAACCAGUUGAGCGAUUUGGGCCUGUUCUUGCACCAUCAACCUCAAAUCAAACGCGAACCCGAAGAUCUCAGUCAUCAUAGGAAUAAGAACGCGGUCGAUGCGUCCAAAGGUCGGCCAAAAGUCGUGCUCGUUGCUCCGGGCAGCAGUUCGUCCGAAUUAGUCGUCGACGUCGUGAAUAAUAACGCUUCGAUCAAAGAAGAAUUCAUACAAUCGCCGCAGCACGGCAGCAGAUCGAUAAACGGCACGCCGUCGUCGACUUCUUCCAUAAUCACCAGCGACAUCAACCCUUCAGCGCCCAUCGAACUCAUCACUACAGACGGUUUGAAACCGGCCACCAUGUACAGCGGCCAUAUAUUCGCCACGAUGCCCAACCAACCCCAUUCGGGGAGCGGUUCACCCUCGCCCAACACCUACGCCGAUCACAACCAGUACACGUCUUCGACAGCCCUGGCCACCGCUACCGGAUACAUCACGACGCCUGCCGGCCGAACCUCAGCUUUCGUAGAUCCUUACUACAGAGAGUACUUCGGAUCGGAUCAAGGCCCUUAUACGACGCAGGUUAGGCAACAAGUCGCAUACGCCGAUAAUACCGAGAAUAAUACCAGCGCCGUGGCGACCGCCUCGUUCGUCGAACGAUAUGUUAGACAGUCUUCCGCUUAUCAUAACAAUAAAGGUGUCAUUUCCGCCGCCGGCCUCACCGUAGAUCUCCCUUCGCCCGAUAGCGGAAUUGGAGCUGAUACUAUUACGCCUAGAGAUCAAACCGCUAUUCAACAGUCAUUUGAUUAUGCAGAAAUGUGUCAAACACCGUUACUGGGCGAUCCUGCUGGUGGCCGGACAUCAGUCGGGUCGGCAGGACAUUCUCCAGCUUCGGCGACCGGGCCCCCUAGUAGAUCUCGACCGUGGCACGAUUUUGGUAGACAAAACGACGCCGAUAAAAUUCAGAUACCUAAAUUAUUUUCGCAAUACGGUUUUCGUUAUCAUUUAGAAACCGCGAUCUCUACCAAUCAAAGAAGAGAAGACGACAGAGUAACGUAUAUUAACAAAGGCCAAUUCUACGGCAUUACCAUGGAAUACGUACCAGAUCCGGAUAAACCGCUCAAAGCACAAACUGUUAAGAGUAUUGUUAUGUUGAUGUUCAGAGAAGAAAAAAGUCCCGAAGAUGAGAUCAAAGCGUGGCAAUUUUGGCACGGCAGACAGCACAGCGUAAAACAAAGGAUAUUAGAUGCCGAUACGAAAAACAGUUGCGGCCUAGUGGGAUGCAUAGAGGAAGUAGCCCACAACGCGAUCGCCGUCUAUUGGAAUCCGUUGGAAAGUCCUGCCAAGAUUAAUAUCGCGGUCCAAUGCCUAAGCACGGAUUUCAGCAGUCAAAAAGGAGUGAAAGGGUUACCGCUACAUUUGCAAAUAGAUACGUAUGAAGAUCCAAGAGAGGGUCCGGUUUACCAUAGAGGAUAUUGUCAAAUUAAAGUAUUCUGCGAUAAGGGAGCCGAAAGAAAAACCAGAGAUGAAGAAAGAAGAGCAGCCAAACGCAAGAUGACCGCUACAGGACGUAAAAAAAUGGACGAAUUGUAUCACCAGCCUUGCGAAAGAUCCGAAUUCUACUGCAUGGCUGAUCUCGCUAAACCACCAGUAUUAUUUACCCCAGCUGAAGAUAUCGAUAAGCUAACGUCGAUGGAACUUCAAGGAUUCUACGGUCACGAAACGGACGCAUCAAGUUUAUCAAACGGCGAAACUGGCUCGCUAAAACACGCUUCACCAUUUCUCAUCCAUUCGGGCGCUAAAAGUUCGACUCCCGGACCUCAAACGUUAAAGUUUCAUAAUCACUUUCCUCCAGAUACUCACAAUGAUAAGAAAGAUCACAUGGACAGCGGUCUAACCACAGACGGUACCGUGUUCUCGAGUCCGCCGCCGAUGAAAAGAGCCAAAAUGAUACCACCUACCAACGAAAGAGUCAUGUUAUACGUAAGGCAAGACAACGAGGACGUAUACACUCCUCUGCAUGUUGCACCUCCAACCACUCAAGGAUUACUCAAUGCUAUUCAAUCUAAGUACAAAAUAACCUCCUCAAGUAUUAGUAACUUGUUUCGAAAAAACAAACAGGGGAUUACGGCCAAAAUUGACGACGAAAUGCUAAAAUAUUACUGUAACGAAGAUAUCUUCCUACUAGAGGUGCGACAAUCGAAAGAUGACAUGCUGGAUAUAUUUUUGAUCGAGUUAAUGGAUAAUUAAGUAAUGUAAAGGUUAAGUUUUACCAUGACAUUUUAAUUUAUAAAGGCCAACCUGUUGCUUUUAUUAUUAUUUUUUUUAUAUAUAUUUAUGUAAAUUUCUAUUUUUUUUUCUCUUUUGUAAUAUCUGGUCAUCUAUGUAAGUGUAUUAUUGUUUUAUGGAACGCUGGAAUCGUUCCGCGAGAUGCUCGUAAGGGUGCAUUUUUAAUUUUUUUUCUUUUGUUUUAAUAUUAUUUUUUUUUUGGAAAUCAACGACAGAUAAGUUAUCAGUGUUCAAUCAACUUUCAUAUUGUUAGCUCGGUUAUUAGAAGAUAUCAAGGUUUUUUUUUUCUCUCGUGGCAAAAUUUAUAAUAUUGGGGGUUAGAAAAUAUUAAAUUAUUGGAAAGAAUACUGCAUCGACGUUGUGUUCAUUGUAAGUGGCAUAAUGAUGGGAAAGUGAAAUCAAAAUUAUGUUAAUUUUUAAAAUGCUCAAUUGUGUAAUUUAUAAGAGUUUUGAAGGUUUUAUUUUUUUAUUGUUUGUUUGUUUUUAUUGUAUUUUUUAGCCUCUCUAUUUCUUUUUUCCCCUCUCUCUAUCCUCCCUCUCUAUCUCUAUCUGUUUUUUUAAAUAUUUGUAUAGAGUUGUCUAUGUAGAGCCCAGUGCGCGGUUUCUUUUGCUUUUUUAUUUUGUGGACUGGUUAUUAUACUAUUUUAAAUGGAAUUUGACGAACAAAUGCGUAAUACUCCAGUUUGUUAUCAUGUUUUAUUGUUUUAUUUUGUCGAAUCAAAAUUAUUGACUAAGAUCGUUUUCUAUCUCUCUCUCUCUAUCUAUCUUUCUCUCUCUCUCUCUUUUAAAUUUUAGUUUUAUAUCUCAAUUCUCUUUUAGAGCGUAAGGUAUUGAUAGAGUUUUUUUUCGCGGCAUAGCAUCUAAGAUGAGGCGAGUCCUGUAUAUAUCAGUGAUUAUGUAAAUUCUUCUCUUUUGUUUUUAUUUAAUACGUUACUUGCCAUUUCAAGUUAUAAUUGUUAAAGUAAUAUCAUUAUAAUUAACGUUGUAAGUUAUGCUAUUCUGUUUGUAUAAUGAUGCUAAACUUAAUAGUAUUAUAAAUCUACAAGUGAAAAGUUAAUAAAGGAAUUUGAUGGAUAAAAAAUAGGGCAGUGUUUUUGAUUUUUUUUUUCAUUAUUUUUUUUGUAUUUCAAUGUGUGGAAAAGUAAGUAUAGGAUAGGAGCAUUCCUGCUUUAUCAAUGUUAUCGGUUUGGGUCGAGAUAAACAGAUUUCAAAACAUUCAUGUACCUUAUAAAGUCAUUUGGGAGUUUCAUAGUUGGAAAGAAAUCAAUUUUUUUUCUCAUUUGCUGGUAUUUGAUGAUUUUUUUUUUGAGAAUGCGCGGUAAUUACGUACUUUGAAUUUAUGAAUUCUCUUCGAGUUUAUAAAGUUAUCAUUUUCACGAGCUUAUGUGUUACUUUUCUCGUCGACUUGUGCGUCGAAGCGGACAGACUUGUCGAGAACAUCCGUUAUACUGCAAAGCAAUCGUUAUCUCAAAACAGGAGGCAACCGAAGAGGAAAAAAGAUGGAGAUUCCAUAUCGAAUAAUAAAGAUCAUUUCCAAUCGAAAGUAGUCGUCGUGUGCGCCAUAGGCGACUACGAGGUCGAGUUCAACCCAGCUGCGAAAGUCGAACAGAUGAGCGAAAUUGCAGACGGUAAAGCCAAGAAAGAGGUAAAAAAGAUCACCGUAGAUAUGGCCAAUAAUACAGCAGUCGACGAAGACGCUUGCCGGAAACAAAUACGGGAGCGUAAAGAAAAAUGGAAGUAUUUUUUAGAAAAUCCACCAUCGGAAAGGAUUGCUAGGCUUAAGUCUCGCGUUGAAAAUGCGAAUAAUCAGUUUACCUUGGAGGAAUUUUGCCAAUCUGUGGCAAUACUUUACCAGCGGAUGAAAGAUGAUCUCGAUUUGGAGACGAAAGAAUUAGCGAAAUCUUCAGAUAAUCCUAUAUCGAAGUAUAGCAGAACGAAUUUCGUGAUACCAUUUUUAUUGGAAGAUUAUCCGGGUGAGAUUAGUAAAGUGACUGAGGAGCUGAUAAUGAAAGAGUUACAAAAAACGAAUAGUUGAUUACUUUUUUUAAUUUAGUGUGCGAUGAAAAAAAUGUGGAUUUUGAUUGCUCUCUUGGUUGGGAAAAAUAUUUUUCGGGAGAUAUUUAUUUGUAAUUAAAUUUGACUGAAUAUUUUAGAAUAAUAUUUUGAUUAAAAAAUAUACCUACGUGUUUUGAACUGUUGAAUAAUAAAUUAAAUAUCUUGAUCAAUA